CGAGUCUCCUUAUCAUUGAAGUGCUUAGCCAUACUCAUCUAAGAACCAUGUCUGUGAAAUUUCACAUAGUCUCUCCAUACUCAUCAUACUCAUCUAAGAACGUCAACCAAAUAUUGCUGAAAGUAAUUAACUGCACCCGUAUAAGAAAGACUUGAGUGUUAGAGUGGACCACACACACGAAUAUGCAGAGAUAAGAUUAGUGUCUAUUUCUACUGUUGAAAGUUGACAAGAGUUUAUUGAUUCCAAUUUGGUGUGCUAGUUAACAUGUACCAAAUUAACAACUCACCCGCAAAAGACGUUAAAAAAAUAACAAUUAUCAAAUGAAAAUUCCAAUUGUAGAGUCCUCCUUUCCUCUACAAUUAUUACAAGAAAAAGUAGGCUCUUAUAGCAAAACUGUAACAGAAUUAACAUGAAGCUCAUCGAAAUUAGGAGAUGGCUGACGCAGCCACAUGUAUGGAGGUUUGUUGGUUUGGGUUCAUCAGUAGUCGGUUUAUUCUGUUACGCAGUUAGCUCCUCCUUCAACAAUCUGUUUGGAGAGUGGACCUUCCUGAAAAUAUUUUUUUACACUCAACUCAGUUUAAUCAUCUGCAUUGCAAUCUUUUACGCUAAAGUUUGGCAAAGUUCAAGGAGUCUCCGGUUCAAAGGUCACAUGGCAUUUUUAGUGUUAACCAUAACCUCUGCUUAUUCCUUCUUCUUGGAUAACAAAGCUGUGAAGAAGAAACCAGACGCAUUUAGCUUGAUAUCAUGUCUUGCGUUUUCUAUCAUGUCGCUUUGCUUGUCAAGACAGAUUCCUUGCGGAUUUGAAGUGGAUCUGAUGUAUUUCUUUCUCGGAGCUUUAAUAGUACAACUCAUGAAGAUAAAGCUAUGGUUAGGUAUUCUUGGAGUAGGAUUCAGCUAUACCCUCAACAUUCUUCGUUCUUCUUUAGAUGAGAACUUGCAUGAAGGAGCAGGACUCCAAGAAGAUCAACGUAAUGUCGUAAUCCAAGUGGAAGAAGAAGAAGAAGAAGAAGAAUCCAUUUCUCCUCAACCACCAAGAUUCAUGAGUGUUAUUCAAGAAUUGCAGAGGGCUAAUUGGGGACUUGUUGAGGUGUUAUGGUGUCAUUUGAAGGAAUACCUUGUGGACAAAGAUGAUCAAAUUCCGAUUCCAAUGACACUGGUGAAUGACCAUAAUUUUCUUAUCAAUGCGCUUCCGCCGAAAGCAGUCGACGACCUCCAUGAAAAGGUUAAGCUGAUGAUGGAUUCCGGGUUCAAGAAUGAAUGCUCGAACCAGUAUAAUAGCUGGAGAAGGGAGUUCUUAGAGAUGUGUCUAUCAAUGUUGCAGUUAAAGGUUACCAACAAGAUUGAAGGAGUUGACGAGAGAGAGAGGAUUAGGAGCGAUGUCGUAACUACCUUGCAAAAGCUCGCUAAUGAUUUUGUAACGGAGAGGCGUUCUUCGUUGACUCGUUUACCGAGCAUGGUGAAGGUGGUUGGUACACUGCAGGAUCUCAUUCCAGAGCUUGAUGAUUCAGUGUUUGCUGCUCAACGCAGUGAAGCAGUCUCCAUCAUGGAGUUGGAGACAUUAGAGGAAGCAACCAAGGAUUAUUAUUGUACAAAUAUAGAGAAUCUAAUCUAAUUUAAUUAACAUCAUUUGGCUUAUUUUUGUUAUACUGACAUAAAAUUUAUGUAAAGUUUUUUCUUUAUAUUUGUCUUUUUUACUUAAACUCUGUAAGUCUGAUAUUGUAGUUGGUAGUUCUUUAAUGUAAAGUUCUAAGGUUAAUAAAUUACCAUUCUAAGGGUGUGGAAUUGAAAUA